AUGAUCCCGAUCAGCAUCGAGCAAUGGUUGAAGCCUAAGGACAAAGACUCUCAAGUGUCUAAUGUCAGCGAUAGGCAGAAAGCUGAUCUUUGGACCGCGCUGCAGGAAAAUUUCACCUUCCCGCCAGAGGAGGAUCCGGAGAAUCCAGUUAGAAAGCCAAUGAUCAAGGCUUAUGCUCUUAAGAAGAUGGCUGAGCUAUUCCGGAGGUGGAAGAAUGAGCUGAAAUCAUCGUUUGUUAACCAAGACAAGACUCCAGAAUUCAUCGGCCGAUUUGAGAAGAUCAAAGAUCAGUGGCCCGAAUUUGUCACCAAAACGAAAUCUGAGAGAGCAGCGAAGAUGGUUUGGAAACAGUUCACCGCAAAAGCUCCGGGACUGCCGAAGGAGCUGCGAUAUACAUACCUGAAACUUCGAGGAGCUAGGGUUUCCCGUACCGACCGAUGGCCGCCCCCUCCCCCGCCCCCGCCGGCGCGGAUCGUCGUCGUGGUGCUGGCGCUCGUGCACUUGGCCCUCGCCCCGAUGCUGGCGCUGGGGCGCGUCCUCUGCGUCGCGGCGGGAGCCCUCCCCUACCUGGGCUUCGUGCUCGCGUGGGUCAUCUCCGCGGCCACGGCUGGACAGAUCGUGGCGAGCCGCUCCUGGGGCGAGAGCUCCGACCCCUUCCUCUUCCUCCAGGCCCUCACAUACGGGGCUCUCAAGGUCCUCAUCUACAGCAUCCUUGCAUUUGUCGCGCUUCUCGUCCUGUUGGUGUGCGUGGCCUACAUGAUUGCAGCUGUAUCUGUAUCCACUUCGGGAUUCAAGAAGAGCGCUCUAGAAGCAUUCACGCAGGAGUCGGUUGCAGAAUCGUUCAGGCUUCCGCGCACCGCGGUGCUUGGAUUGGUUGCGGAUGUGGCCUUCUUCCUUCUAGUGGUUGCUGGUCUUCUGGUAGUGAUGAUGUCGCCGGACAUGGAGGGUUCGAUGUCUCAGGGUGAAAUGGUCGCCUCUGUAAUCAUGGAUGUGGCACUAUUUGGUAUGCACGCGAUAGCUUGCUUUGUUAUCAUCCCAGCGCUCAUUCUUAGUGUGUGGAAGGGGGCCAGGAGGACAGGAAAGCGCCAUCGCAGUUUUGUUGAGCUUACUGUUGUUGAUAUUUGUUAA